AUGGAAACUGAAUUUCAAAAGUUGCGCGAACAUUUUCAACUUCUUCGAAAGGAGCUUUCUUCAAAUAGUCAAGAAGUGGUGCUUAACAGCAUUAAGGAGCCUUUAUUGUUUUUAGAAGAGGGGGAAAACGGUUGUGAAGGCUGGCGAGGACCUCCUAUUAGUUCGAAAUUACAGCAAUAUUUCAUUGAUAAAUUAUAUUUCAAGCAUUUGGAAUUUUUAUUACAAGUUCCUACAUUUUGGUCCGAAAAAAGUCACGUUCUAGGAGCACCAAAGAGAAAACUACUUACAGAGUAUUUUGUCCCUUCAGGAAAAAAAGAUUUGCUAAAAAAGUUACGAGCAUGGCUUGCACUUCAAGUAUUAGUCUCGCACUUAUCAAUUUCCAAGAAAGAAGAAAAAGAUGAUGAUUAUAUACCUAGACUUAAUAUCACUUUAGAGCUUUUGUUGCUUUUGCUAAAAGAUUAUUCGAUCAGAGACUUUUAUGAGGCAAUCUUUUCAAAUCUAAAGAGCAACUAUAGAAUAGAAGAAAAACAAGAAGAAUGGAGAGAUUUCGUUGUGCUCUGUUGUUCUAUACCGCAGCGUUGGGCGAAUUUAAGAGUGCUUGAACAGGAUUCAAAAAACAAGAUCAAAAAUUUAGAUGAAGAGACAAUGAGAGAUGUAAAUUAUUUUACAAGAUUAGGAUCUGAAAUUGAACUCGUGAUAUGGUAUAGAUCCAAUGCUGACGAAGCAAAAGGCAUGUUCAAGGAGGAAAUGGAAACACUUUCGUUUGCAUUAGGGGAGGUUAUCACGAAAAUAUGUAGGAUCGGUCAUUCGAAAAUCCUGAUGCAAUCAAUCUACUUUACAUUCUACAAUCGCCUAUACAAUCACACUACCCCGUCAUAUUGGCAGAUUUGGUCCAGAAUGCUGCAUAAUUUUUCACCUGAUACAUUAGAAUCUUUUGUUUCUGCCUUCCUGGCACAUGCCGAGCUCUCUUCGCUGAAAUCGAUUCCGUCCAUGCCCAUCGAUGAUAAUUCACGUUAUCAAAUACAGAAAGUAGCUUGGCUGCUAAAAAUGUUAAUUGGAGAAGAUGUUAGCGACAGCAUCAAGUACAUGAUAAAUUCAAAAUAUUUUAUUGGUGGCAAGAUAUUUUCUGUUGGCAUUCUUCGAGUAUUUUGUUGUUUUUGGAGCUGGGGAAAGCCAACUGAGAAAGGUUAUUCAGUAAAGUUAGAUGUAAAAGAUGACCUUGCGCAACUAUUGUUGUCACUUAUUUCUAUGUGGUCUGAUCCAACUUUCAUAAAGCAUGCAUCGAGUGGAUCUCAAAUAUACCUUACUAGUGCCAUCAUUAUCAUCCUUGGUUAUCUUGAAAAGGAGACUCUCGUUAAAGCGGCGAUUCCAAACGAAGUUGUUCCAGGUGUAGGAAGAUGGCUGAAGAGUCCUUUUCCCCAGGCGCGAAAACUCGGAAUGAUUACCGCGGAAAUUAUCUCUCAAUUGACUGAUGAACCCGAUAAAUCUUUGAAGUUUGAAAUGGAGGAGGAUGAUACAAGUAAUGAUUUGCGAGACUUGGUGAAUUGCAAAGAUGGAAUAGUAAAAUUUACAGCAUAUGAAGAAAUUCCGCUUGCUGACGAAUUAAUAAAAAAAGACGAAGGAAAUGAAUUUAAAAUGGAAAGUAACAAGCUUGAUCAGGAGAAUCUUGAACAAGUGCAUAGCAUAAAGGAAGAUCACAUCAUAGAUGAGGUUGCUGAUUCCGAUGAUGAGGAAGAUGAAUUCGAACCUUACCCAAUGGAAGAGGAAAGUGACAAAGAUGAGAACUUGAACAGGAAAAAAAUCAAGCCACCAGUGUAUAUUAAAGAAUUAGUUUCUUACCUCAAAACUGCGGAUGAUCCCGACAAAAUUGACAUUGCACUUCAAGUCGCUCCCAAACUCAUCCGUCAAAAAAUUGAUGAGCAUACAGUGGAACUGACAACGAAGCUCGUAUAUUUGCAGGAUUCAUAUAAAUUGGAAAGAUUCGACGAAAACCAAAAUGCCGCAUUAUUAGCCCUUGUAUAUGGAAGCCCCAAACUUGCUGUUUCGGUGCUAAUUGAACAGUUUUUUCAAAAACCGAUUUCACUCGCUCAAAGAUUUCUCAUAUUGGCUUCGAUUGCAAAGGGAGCUAAGGAGCUGGCUGGCAUUAAAGAUGAACAGGAAGUUUCUGCAGAGAAGAAAGUUUUGGCUCUUGAUUCAUCAAAUAACAAUAUGAAAAUUUCCCCCGUAAACGAUCUCAGAGUUACAAAGGAAAGACGAUUCUCCAAGAGAAUGAUAGUGGAGAUGACACGGGCUAAUAGCUUAGAAAUAAAUCGAUUUAAUGAAUUUGCUGCCGAUACUUUUUUCAUGCCUUUGAUUGCUGGCUGGUGGAAUUGGACUCGUGAUAGUGACCACGGCAAUAUACUACAUCAAACGGUCCUUGUCCAACGAUUCAUUACUACAUUAGGUGUCAUUGUGCAAUGUUCGAAAAACACAUUUGCGCACAAGCAAAUAGUACACGAGUUCUGGGACUUCCUUUUGUCGAUGCGCUUUCUCGAUGAUCCUGGGAUCAUUUUGUCAUUACUAUAUGGCAUUAAUGUAAUUGUGAAUGCAAUUUACGGACGUGAAUUAGUAGAGUUAUUCUCGAAAGAACUUGUCGAGACUGAAGAAUGGAUUUCAGGAUUGAUGAAUAAUCGGAUUACGGAUAAUAAAGUCAUGGAAAUGGCAGCACAAACUUUGUAUCGAGUAAAGAAUAUUGUCAUCGAGUAUCAAAGAAUGCUAAUAGGAAAUUUACUUCCGAUUACAUGA